AUGCAAAAGAUACAAAUAGUAUUCAUGCUCUUGGCCUUCUUGGCUUGUCUUAGUCUUGCAAAUGCAGCACUCCAGACACGUGCUUAUGCCUCUGCAAGUGGCAAAGCCUUGACAUCACUGACUAUUGUGAAGCCAACUGGUACCAUUGCUGGUGACGUGUUGAUUGCACAUCUGAGCAACCGUAACAAUGUUGCUGCUGUCAUGACCCCUCCAACUGGCUGGUCCCUGAUUCGCUCCGACCAAACCACCUCUGCUAUUAAGUCCUGGAUGUACUAUCGCGUGGCCACCAUCUCUGAGCCAGCCAGCUACACAUUCACAAUUGAUCUUGCCAGCUACAUUGCCGGAAGCAUCGUCUCUGUCAUCGGUGCCGACGCUGCCAACCCCAUCAACGCCCACAGCGGCCAGAAGAAUGGCAACAGCUACAACUUCAACACCCCAGCACUGUCGACCACUGUUGCCGAUACCAUGGCCCUCUGGUUUGGUGACCAGGUCUGGACUGGCGCCGCAUGUCCCAACGCCAUCACUGAGCCCACUGGCUACACCGAGUUGUUUGACACAUGUUUGGUGUCAUCGUCGACUGGAAUCAUUUUUGAUGCUGCCACCAAGAUCCUUGCCACCCCAGGCCUACAGACUGCCGCCAACGGAGUGUCCCCAUUCAAUCAGACCAACAUUGCUCAGGUCGUCGCACUCACCCCUGCAGUCGUCCAAGUCUGCACCGUCGCCGACACAUACUCAUCCACAGUCGUCGUUGUUGGCAAUGUCGCUGCACCAGGACUCAUCGAGCCCAGUGGUAUCGCCACCAGUAGACUCAACCCAGGCGUGGCCUACAUACACAACGAGGACACUACCGCUUUGAUCGCCAUUAGCACCUCGACCGGAGCUACACUCGGCUCCUUCACAGUCUCCAACAUGACCCCACUCGACUGGGAGGACAUCGCCUGUGGCCCAUGUCCCGCCGGCAAGUGUAUCUACGCCGGAGACACUGGAAGCUCGCCAACACCCAAGCGUACAUCGUACGCUGUCUACCGUAUGACUGAGCCAAACAUUGCUGGAGGUUUGACCAGUGGUACUCUGGCUGCUGAGCAGUUCCCAUAUGUCUACCCUGGUGCAGCCACCUAUGAUUGUGAGUCCCUCGCAGUCCACCCCGUCACUGGCGACAUCUACGUCAUGACCAAGGCAUUCACCGCCGGUAUCAGCCGCGUCUUCAAGUUCCCCAACCCAUUGCCCGCCCCUGGUACCAUGUCCACACUGACCCUUGUGGCCACCAUUCAGUUGCCAAUGACCUCUGACUACACUGACUCACAGGUCACCGCUGCCGCAAUCCACCCAUGUGGCAACCGCGUCCUAUUCCGCACAUACCACCGCGUGUACGAGUUCCGCGCCGCUGCUGGAGCAGCCUUUGAGACAGCCUUCUCUGCUGCACCAGUCACCUUGACCGACACUGUUGAGACCCAAGGUGAGUCCAUCGACUACGACCCCACUGGUAACUCAUACUACACCAUGAGUGAAGUCCCAACCCCCUACAAGUUGAAGCGUGUUGACAAGCUUUAG